UUGUUGCCUGCAAGAAACGAUUUUCAACGAAUUAUGACUAUAGAACAGGCAAAAAAGAAUCAUUAUCUCCCUAAUAUCCCCGUCCUCCCUCUUGGUUAUGCCGAUGUUAUUCAAAUUCUUGAACGAAUGGGAGGCCCUCAAGUACCUGAAGAUUGGCGUGGUGGAUUAAAUAUUACCUAUCGUAUUGGUCCUGGAUUUAAACAAAAUGGGAAUAAAAAUGAUGCGAAAAAAUUGAGAGUGGAUGUGCAUUCUACUUUGGAAAUUAAAAAAAUCCAAAAUUUAAUUGGUAUAAUCCAUGGAAGUGAAGAACCCGAUUCUUGGGUAAUGCUCGGAAAUCAUUACGAUGCUUGGGUGUAUGGAGCUCUAGAUCCUAACUCAGGAACUGCUGUACUUGCUGAAGUUGGCCGAGCAUUUGCCCAAGCAGUUAAACGUGGAUGGAGACCGAAACGAACAUUAGUAUUUUGUAAUUGGGAUGGAGAAGAACAUGGAUUAAUUGGUUCUACCGAGUUUGUACAAGAAUUUGCACAAGUUUUACAAGACCGUGCUAUUAUUUAUUUAAACGUUGAUACAAUUGCCUCUAACCAAUCACUUAUUGUCAAAACAAUUCCCUCACUUUUCUCUGCCGUUGUUUCCGCAGCUAAAAAAGUUCCAAAUCCUGUCGAAUCAGAACGAGCAAAAGGGAGACAAACAAUUUACGAUACUUGGAAAGCUUAUUAUCCACAAAAAGGAAAUUAUACAUGGCUUUCUCCGGAUGUGCCAGAUAUAGAUUUACCUGGAGGUGGAACUGACCAUAUGUCGUUUCUCAACUUUUUGGGUAUCCCUGUUGUUGAUUUUACCUAUCGAAAUGUUUCUUGGGGGUCUUAUCCACUCUACCAUUCACGUUAUGAAGUGCCAUUUGUUAAUGAACAUUUGUUUGACCAUGACAAUUUGUCGGUCCACAAAGCAAUAGGCCAAUACUGGGCAGAAAUGGCACGCUUAUUUGCUGAUUCCCCUCUAUUACCAAUCAACGCUAGCUGUUUUGCUUUAACUCUCGCAAACAAUUAUUUGCCUGGAAUUGUAAAAAAUUUGGACAAUUUACAUGAAAAAUGGCCUAAAGAAAUGGGGCCAGCAGUUAAACAAAUGCGAAAUUUGUGGAGACAAACAUGGUUGUUUGUUGGACAAACACAAAAAUUUGAACAAGAUGUUUAUUCUGAAAGUGCAAUGAAUGCUGAAUGGGCUAAUAGAAGACUGCGUAAAGUUGACCAGUGUUUUGUAAAUCCAGCAAUGGGGCUUGCAGAGAAAGAGAAAGAAAAAAGGCAUGUGCUUUUUUCACUUUCGGAUGCCGACACUUAUUCUGCUUCUGUUAUGUCGGCAGUCAACGAAAAAAUAACUGAAUUCAAAAAUGCCGCAGACGAUAAAAAGCGCCUUGAGAUUGGCCAACAACUUGCGGUAGAAUUAGCAGUUGUUCAAUAUUCUGUGCUUUGUGCAACGAAUAUACUUAAACCUUUUUACUAA